UUCUGGGUUUCAUGUUUGGGCUUUCCAAUGGACCUUGUUUUAUUGCUUUUCAUGGCCCUUUUGUGCCUUAUUAUUGUAUUAGUUCUGAGUAGGGUUGAUUCAUGCGAAACCCCUCCCACCGUACUGUCCUAACGAGAAUUCAUCUCUUCCAGCCUUGGAUUUUGGGUCAGAGCUUAAGGUGUCACAGUGUCUAAAAAAAUGGAGACUGAUGAGGAUGCUGUGAAAAAAACCCAGCUGGUGGAAGCCCGAGCAAGAAAUAUUAGUCACAAUGUUAGGUGUAUUGAGUGCGGUAGUCAAUCCAUUGAAGAUUCACAAGCAGAUAUUGCCAUUCUCCUCAGAAAGCUGAUCCGUGAUGAGAUUCGGUCUGGGAAAACGGACAAGGAGAUCUAUAAAAAGCUUGAGAAUGAUUAUGGGGAGACGGUUCUUUAUACCCCAAAGUUUGACCUUCAAACUGCAGCAUUAUGGCUAUCACCGGUGUUAGUGGCUGGUGCUGCUGCAGGAGUAUGGGCUUAUAGCAAGCACAAGCAAAGGUCUAAUGUUCACAUCAUGGCUUUAAAUCUAGUUAGGGGUGUUCCAUUGACCCCUAAAGAGAAGCAAACCAUGUUAGAUCUCCUCUCACCUCCGCCUUCUCAGAGAACCUCUUCUUCAUGGUGGAGGAGGAAUUAGCGUAGGCAAUGAGGCAACUACUCGUUAUUCCUAGCUCGAACAAUAGUUCAAAGAGUUUCAGAGUAUGUUGAAGAUCUAUAAAUUAAAUUACAAAUAUGAAAGCAUUGCAAUUUUGUGUACUGUAUACUCAACGAUGGAUUUAUGAUUACUUUUGCUAAAAAAAAUGUUACUAAUAUUGUGCUCUGUAUUGUGAUCUUUGAAGGGAGAGGAAAAACAGAGUGUUUAGAGGUGUAGAUAGGGACCCUAAUGACAUCUUGUUCUUGGUGAGGUUCUAUGUUUCGCUUUGGACUUUGGUUUCGAGAACUUUUUUGUAAUUAUUCCCUAGGUAAUAUCUUACUUAGUUGGAAACCCUUCUCUAGGGGUUUUUUUUGUAUGUUCUUGUAUUCUUUCCUUUUUUUUCAAUGAUUGUACUUGUUUAUUAAAAAAAACAUUGUGAAUAUGAACUUGCACCCUACAAUUUUGUUUA